GAGAAAAAAAAAAAAUGCAACCUCCCAAAAUAAAGAGCAAAGAUUGCAUUAGGAGAGAACAGCGCUGCAGAAAUAGAUGGCAGCUUCGUGUCAGUGAGUUUGCGUCCCCUUUCCCGAUGCACGAGCUGGAGUAAUCAGAGCCCUGGAAGGGAAUUGUUGCUCCCGCGGAGAAGUCCCCUCUCCUGGCAGCCGCCUGCACUGUCCACGCCGGAUGCCUCUCUCCAUCCACCCCACGCACCCGCUCCUCGCUCCUCACCUCCUCUCGCCCUCGCUCCCGCAUUGAUUUUUUUUUUCCUUUUUAGUUGACUGAAACAAAACAAAACAAAAGGGCCACUGGAUGUCUGCCUUCCUGGGGGGUGAGCCAGACAGACUGACAAACAAACAGACCCAACUGUGCUCGGGGGAGGGUUUCUCCUCCCGCUUUGCCCGGCAGCAGCAGCAUGGACGUGUUGGCUAGUUAUAGUAUAUUCCAGGAGCUACAACUUGUCCACGACACCGGCUACUUCUCAGCUUUGCCAUCCCUGGAGGAGACCUGGCAGCAGACAUGCCUUGAAUUGGAACGCUACCUACAGACAGAGCCCAGGAGGAUCUCGGAGACCUUUGGUGAGGACUUGGACUGCUUCCUCCAUGCUUCUCCUCCCCCGUGCAUUGAGGAAAGCUUCCGGCGCUUAGAUCCCCUGCUGCUCCCUGUGGAAGCGGCCAUCUGCGAGAAGAACUCAGCAGUGGACAUUUUGCUCUCUCGGGACAAGUUGCUCUCUGAGACCUGCCUCAGCCUCCAGCCAACCAGCUCUUCUCUAGACAGCUACACAGCCGUCAACCAGGCCCAGCUCAACGCAGUGACCUCAUUAACGCCCCCAUCAUCCCCAGAGCUCAGCCGCCAUCUGGUCAAAACCUCACAGACUCUCUCAGCCGUGGAUGGCACGGUGACGUUGAAACUGGUGGCCAAGAAGGCUGCACUCAGCUCAGUAAAGGUGGGAGGGGUGGCAACAGCAGCAGCAGCCGUGGCGGCAGCUGGGACUGUUAAGAGUGGACAGAGCGACAGUGAACAAGGAGGGCUAGGGGCUGAGGCCUGCCCUGAAAACAAGAAGAGGGUUCACCGCUGUCAGUUUAACGGGUGCCGGAAAGUUUAUACAAAAAGCUCCCACUUAAAGGCCCACCAGAGGACUCACACAGGUAGUGAGAAGCCUUACAAGUGCUCAUGGGAAGGGUGUGAGUGGCGUUUUGCACGAAGUGAUGAGCUCACGAGGCACUACAGGAAACACACAGGUGCAAAGCCCUUUAAGUGCAACCACUGCGACAGGUGUUUUUCCAGGUCUGACCAUCUUGCCCUCCAUAUGAAGAGACAUAUCUAAAAACCUGGAAGGCCAGAGUUGCCAAGGCGUCGGCCGUCGUCUAAAGGAAAUGCCGUGAGGCGCAGGGGCUGGACUUCAAGCGGGGACCCACUGCCCCGCAGAAGAAAGUUCUCACUCACCAACCUCUGUGUACACACCUACACAGACCCACACACAGACACACACGCACGCAUACACAGACCCACACACACACUGUCAUGCACUCAGCUAUAUUUAAAAUAUAUACGUCUAUUCUUUAUGCCUUGCCCUAGCCAGAUGGUAGAAGACAAAGAAAGAAAGCAGGUGAACUCAGCAAGGCAGACUGGCUGCUUACUCCAGCACUAUUGGAAUUAUUUCCCGCUGUUGCCAAUGGAAAUCAAAGAAAAUGGAUGUGAUGUCUCGGCAGGUGGACGGCAGUAAGAGGGGCUUAUUUAACUCGCUUCUCAGUGCAACUUGAUAGGAGAAUACAACGUCUUAAAGUUGCAUUUGUGUAGCACUAAUGUUUCUUUUGAAAUAGUUGGGGGAAAAUGACCUAGAAAACCAAAUUGCAGUUUGGUAGCCAAAAUUAACUCUUGGUUUAUCUGUCCUUUGUGUGUGAAAAGUCCUACUAUUCCGUGCGUCCAACUUCCUCACAGAACUGUUGAUCGGUUUUGGUUCUACUUAGUACUAUCGAGAUCUUUCGAGUCGAUACCUACCAACGGCCUUAGCGGCGGCAGACUCUGGAAUAACACCUAACACCUUUCUGGCCUGCAUUUCUCUAGACUUCACUCUCCAGGGAGGAGUUUUCUUUUCUUACUUUUUGACUCUUGCACACCAUAUGCACUAGGGAUUCUGGAAACUUCUAGCAUGACUGCAAAGUGGCCAAGAGAAUAAAGUCCUUGAUGAUAAAUCACAGUGUAUCCCUUGAGCCUCACCUUAUUGCCAGUGCUAGAUUUUUUCUUUUUAAUCUCUGUUUUUGCUAACGAAAACUUGAAAAGCUUAUUUGGAAGCUUAAAUGUUUUAUCUUUUCUCCAUGGACUAAACCUCUCCAGGACUCUCUCGGCACCUGGAUGUCCAGCUCUCAAAGCAGCCAAUCAGAUGGGACAUCACAGUUCUCUCAUCCUCCUUGAGGCAUCAUGGUCUCGGCUCAUAGUGAUCGACCCCGUGCCGGGUGUCACGGCCACCCUAUAACCAGUCUCAGCAUAGAUGUCGCUAGUCUCAAAGGGCAGCUGCAUAUGUAACCUAACUCUGGGUUAUGACCUGACAAAAAGCCAAAAAAAAAAAUCACUCUUUCCAGGUGUGGGGAAAACUGAGGAUGCCUCCCAAGUCUAGUGGCUUCAAAAAACGUCAUCCUGUCUUCCUCUCUCAUACCCACUGAGCUCAUAGGACCCCAAUUGUUCAAACACUCCAUUCAGAAUGCCAUUGUGGGAACGGAGGGAUGACAGGUAAGGAAAGGGUUGAGGUGUUUCCCUCACAGUCUGUCUAGAGAGAGAGACACAUUUCUAUUUUUUUUUUUAAACCAGCUAGGCCCACAUGACUUGUGACCUAAAGCACCCAGGAUCAACAGAGGCCUCACAUUUACUCUGCAAGCUGACUCCAAGGGGGCUGACAUUCCUCACUUUCCAUCCCACACAUACACCCAAUCUCGGUCUCUACCCGCAUUCUUAGCUAGCUGGCACUGGCCUCAACUCCAAAGACUGCCUUUAGGACCAUUAAAUGGCCUAUGCAAGCAAGUGGGGUGGUUAUUAGGACAGAUUGUAUAUUUUGUAUAUUCUGGGACCAUCCCUUCGAGACACGUCUAAAAAACAAAAGUGGCAUUUGGUCCGCACACGGUUGCUGCUCCUUCAUACCAGCCGGCUCCCCUCUGCCCUCCUCUGACUGUUUGACUCAUUGACUGUUAAAAUACCACCCGUACCUAUUUGGGAUGCAAAACUGAAGUCUUUAAAAGGAAGUAAUAAUAUAAGAAACACAUAUAUUUAUGACAGCAACCUUCAAGAUCUUUGGCAUUUGGUUUUUCAGCUUUCUGCAACCUUUGAUUUCAAUGAAAUGUUGAAACCACUCAUCUGAGGGUAAAAGGAGCCUCCUUAUCACAAAUGCUGUAGCUGCCAAUUGGACACUUGGGGCAUUUUGAGGUCUGGCCCUUAGAAUUUUCUUUGUCUUUUACCUUUUUUCAAUUCAGACCAAAAAACAACAACAAAAAAAAUGAAAAACCACCCUAAAACACAACACAAAAUCUGCCCAUUUGCCGGAGGCAAUUAUGUAUAUGUUAGUUGGAGGGUAUUUUAAAAAAAUCAGUUUUAUUCCAAAGAUUUAAAACUAGACAUGACUUAGAAACAAUUUCUGGAGCACUGCUUGCUGACAAUCUCGUAAUUCUCUACUGCAUUUGUGGCCAGUCCAUCAGGGCGUACCUUGGGAUUAUAUUUGAAUGUGUGGUGCAUCCCUUCUGGAGGCAGGAUGCGUGAGGGACCUUGAACCUCAGCUGUAUUAAACUGUGGCGCCUCCAGUCAGUGCACUAGAUGAAAUGUUAGACACCCCAGAUUCUGUUGGUUCCUUGAUUCCCCUUUCUAUCACAGCCUCCUGCACAAAUGCACGCACACCAGUGAUGGCAUUAGCUGUGGCUGCCACGAUUUACAAAUGUCGCCCCAGCUGGAGCUGCUCUUGCCUCUCAAAAUGCUCUCAUUAAGGGUUUAUAUUAAUUUAAUUUUUGAACUGACCAAUGCAAGGCUCUAUUAAAAGUUAAAAAAAAAAAUAAAGCAAAAGAGCAAUCACUGCGUCGUCACUUGUUUGCUCCCUGUUGUCAUCUGUGGUCUUGAAAAGACCUCAUUUGAAUGUGGCAGAACAAAGGCCCUUUGGUCCUCCUAGUGUCUGAAAUGUUUGGUAAUUCCUCUCUCUUUUUGUAUCAGUGAGGUCCUUUGUAAUCUGCUCCUGACCUUUCUCGAAGCAGGGUGCGUGAACCGAGAUGGUGGGCUUGCUUGCUUCAGAGUCAUUUGUUGACUGUGAGAUUUGGCCUGAGAAAUUUGGUGGGUGCUAUGUGUAUGGCUUUGAAACUGUUCUUCUCUAGCCCAGCGAACAUCUUUGAAUGAUAACCAGUCCUAUCCGUGGGAGUGGCCCCAGUCAUUUUAGAAACGGAUAUGUGACACAAUACCCAUCCUCUCUGAAAUGGCAGCAGAGAUGGUUGGGCAGAGCCUGUGACAGAUUAUGGGCUUUCCAAAAAAUCACCUGAAGAUCUCUUGCUCUCAAGAGGACAGGUCAUUUAAAACAGUGCUUUAUGGGAUAAUUAAUGAAACACAUGAAACCACUUGUUCAUAUAAAUUGUUACCUCCUAACAUUCCAGGGGAUUCCAAAUUUGAAACAAAAAACCUGACCCCGUGUUUCUUGUGGUUGUCCUCUCAAGCACGCUCUAUCCAGGGUUCAGAGUUUGAUGUAUAGAAAAAGAGUGUUUCUAAGCCAUGGACAAUUUUCUUUAUUUCAAGUUGUGCUUCUUUCUCCUACCACAUGAUUGUAAAUCAAAAAUGUGGAAACCUGUAAUUAUAAUGCUGCUCCUAGCUACUGGCUUCCUGCCCCACUGAUAGUUAACCCACCCACGGUUAAUUGACCCAGCUUACUGCCUGGUGGUGAUGAGUAUUAUGUCCAGAAAAAGAGAUGUUCAGAUUCCACGACAAAGCUGCAUUUUAUAAAAGUAUCGGAGACCCCAAGAUGAACUUCAUGCUGACCAUUUCCUUCUCUCUCUGUGUUUUCCCUUUCCAACUCCUUCACAUACCACCCCCCCCUGCACCUCUCAUGACCUUUUUGCAUCUUUGCCUGAUUAUAACAGGGUAAAAAGACAGCCAACCUCAUGCAUGAUUAGAACUGAUUCCUAUUUUUUAAAAAAUCUUCUUUGACUCUAGAAGCCAGAGAAGAUUUUUUAAAGACUUUCGUUUGGGAUAUGCUUCCAUAUUAGCCAUGUCUACUUGCAUUAAAGGGGAAAUAUGAGACUUCAGGGUGCUCACCCAGAGCAUUCAGAACACUCUAUCGCUGCCUCCCUGCUCCUGAAUUCUCUGGCAAAGCCAAAAGAAGUGGACCCAGGUUGGAAAAACACUGUAGUUUAGUGAUUAGUUUUAUUAGUUCCAAAUGAUUUCCCCUAUGGAAGUCACUUCAUAAAAUGUAAAAUACAGUGCAAAGUGCUUUUGUCUUCUCUUUUGCAUGAGUUGGUUUUAAGAGAAGGACCAAGGUAGGAAAGUUCGAGAUGCAUCACCAUUUAACUGCAAAAAUCAGGUUCAUGGCUUCUUUCUUUUAUAACCUUCUCAGGGCCAGCACUUCUGGCCAUGAUUUUGCACCCAAAUCUUUGCCAAAGUGAAAAUUCAUUACGUAGGACCUGGUUGAAAUAUACUUGUGGAAGCUUUCCCUGGCAUUUUCCAGAGGUGUCCAUCUGCCAAGUACGGGGCGGGGGCAGGAGGAGAGAAUUUGCAUCCGGGGUCUGGAUUGAAUUUCGGUAGACAUGGCGAUAUCUCAAAUUGAAAACUUAGAGGGGUUAGCCCACGUGAACAUCAGUGCCUCUGAUGGCCUACUUUCCUCAGUGAGGAUCUUUGGGAAUACUUGAGAUGGAACAACAAAAAUGUGUCAAAGGAAGCAACAACUGCUUGUAAAUGUGAGAUCCCAUGACUAACUGCCUGAAAGUGUCAGGGUUUUCUCUUGCUUUUAACACUCUUUAAAAUCUCCUCUGUUGAUUCCUAAUAGAUCCCAGAAAAGGGAAAAAUAAAGCUGCAGUUAACUUUCUUAUGUGCAUCCUUCCAAUAGAGUACUGUAUUCUUCUGGUGUUUUUCAUUUACUUGUAAGUCCUCGGGAAACAGGUAUCAAAAAUGGAGAGAGAAAUUCUAGGCUGUCAUUUCACAAAAAUCCCAAACAAGAUACUCUUUUCAAACAGGGCUCCCUCUCAGUGGUCAUGAGGGAAAGUUGAUACGUUCUUUGUUGGGGACUGUUUAUACAAUUUUUUUUUCAACUGUGAGCUUUGGAAUCGUAACUUGCUUUGACUCCAGCUUCUGUCUACUGCCAUAAAAUGGACCCCACGUCAGAAUAAUGAGGGUGGUAUGUGUGCACACACCUAGGUGUGUGUGCAUCUGUACCUGUUGUACCUUCGCAGAAGGAAAACAGUUAGGCUACUGACGUUUAAGAGGAGUAGCCACCAGUGCCUAAUAUCUUUUGGGGGGGAUGGAUGCUUAUAAUUGCCAGUAUAUUGAAAUCUCACUGGGAGUUCCACCAAGGGGGGCGGGCCUGAGGGUGGGAACGGGGACAUUUUAAUCGUGGGCCUUUAGACCAUACAUAGGCAGAAUGAUUUUUGCAAAACUAGGUCUCGAAAGGCUUUUGGGCUCAUUGGCUGGUUCUCAACACCCACCCAUCCCCUUUUCUUUUCCCCCAGCAUGCAUUUCCUAUCUAUGCCCAGACUUAGUUUAAUUUCCUUAUCUUUCCACUUCUGCUUCAUUCCAGGGAGGAAAAAUACACCUGUUAUGGCCAAGAUCUCCUUGCUAACACAGAGGCAAAAAUCAAUGUUUCAUGUUUUUGAAGAUCCCCCCAAAUUCCUUCUCUCUCAUCUCCUCCUCCCUCUUCCUACCACACAACCUCCCAGCCACCACCACUUUUCUUUCGAAUCUCUAUCCUCUUAACAGUUGGCUUGAAGAAAUUUAUUUUUGCACUAUACAUUUUCUUUUUUGCCACAUGUGUCUAACAAGUGUGUAUGGAGAGACCUACUCCCAGUCCCUCCCCUCCCCCACCUCCCCGUCACAUUCUCUCAGGCCUUCUCUGGUAUUUAUAAUAUAUCACAGAAGUACCCAGUCUUAUAGCCCUUGGUUAUGCCUUUUUUUGACAUUUUAUU